CUGCACUGAGUAGGAUCGCCAGAUCAACUCGGCAGAAGGCUGCUGAUCUAAUGAAGCUUGCUGUAGCGCUUGUGGUGGUGGUGGCGGCCUCUGGUGCGAGGCAUGGCCCUGGACAAGGUAACGGUGGUGGAGGCGGAGGCGGUGGCGGUGGCGGAGGCGGAGGCGGAGGCGGAGGCGGUAACGCCUGUCAGUGCACUCCGCCUUCUCAGUGCCGCCUGGCCACUGCCGGCGUGUCCUUGCGCAGCUGCACCCUCGCCGACCAGUCAGCAGGAGUGUGCUGCCGCAACCCUCCAACAGUCAGCAUUCCCGCAGGAACUCUCCCCGGCCUUCUCAGCCCCCAGCGGAACUACCGCAGGUCUGUGGACGUAGAGUGUACUUCCUCAGAUAGCGCAGCUCUGGAGGACAUUCUGGCUGAACAGGAGCAACUGGAGAAUCGUCUGCUAGAUCGUGGGACAGUGGCCCGAGGGGCGACACGGUCCCACCGUCGGCUGCAGAUGGCUGGUCCCGAGCACCAGACUUCCGCCCGACGAGCACUCCUCGACAUUCUGAGCUCCAAGGUGUGCAGAGGCGGCGGUAACGGAAGCGGUAACGGAAACGGUAACGGAAACGGUAACGGAAACGGUAACGGAAACGGUAACGGAAACGGUAACGGAAACGGUAACGGUAAUGGAGGCGGAGAUGGCAGCGAGUCGAACUGCCCUGAUCCUGCGACCCCGGAUUGUCCCUCCUCCCCAUCCUUCCGCACCGCGGACGGUUCCUGCAACAACCCGACCAACCGGCAGCUAGGGAUGUCAGGUCAUGCGAUGCUGCGCCUCCUGCCCAGCCGUUAUGACGAUGGCAUAUUUGAGCCGCGCAGCCGGCAGACAGACGGCUCGCCCCUGCCCUCCGCCCGCCUCGUCAGCUCGACGGUCACAGCCGACUCUGACGCCGCUGACGACCGUUUCACCCUCUCGGUGAUGCAGUGGGGACAGUUCGUCGACCACGACCUAGCGCUGACGCCCGUCUUUGCUCUGCCCCCAUACGGUACUGCCAUCGCGUGCUGCACGCCCAGCGGCCAGCCGCUGCCUGAAGCUGACACCCAUCCCCAGUGUCUUGCCAUCGAGGUACCCGCCAACGACUCGUUUUACGGUCCUCUGGGGGUGCGCUGUAUGGAUUUUGUUCGUUCUGUGCCGGCCGAAGCUCCCGAUUGUGGCGCCACGGUCGAUUUCCAGCAGCAGGAUGUUCUCACCCACUUCCUGGACGGGUCGCAGAUCUACGGGUCCGACGCCGAUCAGCAGAGGCACCUCCGCGAGCUCAGCGGGGGACGCCUGAGGUCGCAGUCUGGGUCACUGCUCCCCGGCGAUGGGGAUACCUUCUGCUCCAUCAGUGGCUCUUCCCAGCAGUGUUUCGAGGCUGGGGAUGAGCGGGUCAACGAGCAGGUAGGGUUGACGCUGGCACACACCAUCUGGCUUCGUGAGCACAACCGUAUAGCGGCUGUGCUGGCAGGGAGACACCCAGACUGGGACGACGAGCGCCUUUUCCAGGAGGCGAGGCGCAUAGUUAUCGCUGAGUACCAGCAUAUAACUUAUAAUGAAUGGCUGCCGACGAUUCUUGAUCUCGACUUCCUCACACGCAACGAGCUGCUUGUGGACAAUGGCAGCACCUACUCAACAAAGUACAGCAGUGACGUGCAGACACUGGUCACCAACGCGUUCGCCACGGCGGCGCUGCGCUUCGGCCACAGUCUGGUCUCUGGAACGAUCGGUUUGUUCUCCUCGCUCGGCGUUCAGGUCAGCAGCGUCAUGCUUCGGGACGUCUUCUUCGACCCGCACCUCCUCUACGACCCGCAGCGUCUCACGCAGCUCGCCCGCGGUCUCACCAACCAGCGUACCCAGAAGCUGGACGGUAACUUCGCCUCGGAUGUCACCGAACAUCUGUUUGAGGGUGACGGUGACUCUCAUGGACUCGAUCUAGUAGCGCUCAACAUCCAGCGCGGUCGCGAUCAUGGUCUCGGCACGUACAACGACGCCCGCGUAGCCACCGGGCAGAGUCGUGUACCAACGUGGAACGCUUUGCGGAGAACCAUGUCUGCGGAGGAGAUCGAGGCACUGCGCAGCGUCUACGGCCACGUCGACGACGUGGACCUCUUCAUUGCCGGGGUGCUGGAGCGUCCAAUGCGGCACGUCGUGCUCGGCAAGACCUUCGGACGGCUCAUCGGUGACCAGUUCAUUCGCCUCCGACACGGCGACAACUUCUUCUACGACCUGGGCGGCUCGGAGCGGCCGUGGCGGCUGUCGGGCGCGCAGCUGGAGCAGGUGCGCCGCGCCAGCUGGGCCCGCGUGCUCUGCGACAACGUGGCGGACGUGACGCGCAUCCAGCCGCUGGCGUUCCGCGUAGCGGACACCGGCUCCAACGCCGUCACCAGCUGCGACAGCGAUGCCAUUCCGCGUGUCAACCUGGACGCCUGGUAGCGAGUAUCAUGAACAAGGCGUGCCCUCUGGCCCUUGUUCAGCCCGCUGGCAUAGGCGAACUCGAGAUCUAAGUUUGUCUGCACGUAGGUCCACGUGCUCGACGUUUUCAUUCGUUGUGUGUUUUCGGUGUUAAACAACAUAUCUCUUGUAUCAAGGAUGAUCGCACGCGAAGCCGACAAUCACGUUCGAUCGUAAGUCGCGUUCGUAAGUCAGCGGGCUAACUAGACGUUUUAAUUUGCUGUGUGUUUCGGUGUGUGGCAUUACAUGUAUUGUACCGAAGAUGAAAAUAAAUGGCAUGGGAAUGGUG